AUAUAUUUAUCAUGCCAUUACAAGUUCACAGGAACUAAAUUUUCAUUAUUAAAUUCCAUAGUUUCUUUAGCAAUAUGAUUACAAGUGCUUUUGAAGUCCAACAGCCUUCCCCCUCAAUAACUUAUGUACGUAGUUCAAAACAUAGGCUUUUCUUCUCAAUACUCAUCUCCUUUUUCAUUAUCCUCCCAUUUGUGGCUGAGGCCAGCAACGAUGGAAGAGUCAUCAACAUCGGUGCAAUCAUCGAUGUCGAUUCUCGUAUUGGGAAAGAAGAGAGAACAGCCUUGGAAAUUGCAGUUCAAAGCUUCAACGUGAACUCAAACAAUCAUAGUUUGUCUUUGUACAUUCGGGACUCCAGAAGAAACCCCUUUGUAUCUGCCACUGCUGCUGAAGAAUUAAUCAAAGAGAAAGAUGUCAAAGUGAUUAUAGGUAUGGAGACAUGGGGAGAAGCCGCUCUGGUUGCUGAUAUAGGAAGCAGAGCUCGAAUUCCAGUUCUUUCCUUUGCAUCACCCGCCACCCCACCCAAAUUAGCGGCUAUCCGGUGGCCUUAUUUGGUUAGAAUGGCGACUGAUGAUUCUGAACAGAUGAAAUGCAUUGCAGCUAUCAUAUCUUCAUAUGGCUGGAGAAAGGUUAUAGCAGUAUAUGAGGAUGGUGUCUAUGGUGGUGAUUAUGGAAAGGCAGCUGAAUUGUCUGAGGCUCUUCGGAAAUCGGGUUCAGAGAUUGAGUACAGAUUGAUUCUUCCUCCAUUUUCUUCCAUUUCUAAUCCAAAAGAGGUUCUUGAAGAAGAAUUAGAGAAGCUACAAAGUAUACAAUCUCGGGUUUUCGUUGUUCUUCAAGCAUCUUCACCAAUGACUGUACAUUUGUUUGAAGAAGCUAAGAAGAUGGGAUUUGUGGGGAGAGAUUCAGUUUGGAUAAUUAGUGAUACCAUCUCAAGCUACCUCGACUCUUAUAAUUCCUCAGUUAUCUCCUCAAUGGAAGGUGCCUUGGGAAUCAAGACAUAUUAUUCCGAGGCCAGUAGCUCUUACAGAAGCUUCUAUGACCAGUUCAGGAGGAUUUUCAGAAAAGAGCAGCCAGGGGAAGACAACUUUGAACCAGGAAUCCAAGCCUUAAAAGCGUAUGACAGCAUCAGAAUCAUCACAGAGGUUCUGGAGGGCAUUACAAGUCCUGAUAUUAAUCCGGAGAUGCUGUUGAAGAACAUAUUAUCAAUCAACUUCAAUGGAUUAAGUGGUGAAAUUCGUUUCAGGAAUGGCCAAGUACUGUCACAGGAUCCUGCACUGAGGAUCAUUAAUGUGGUGGGAAAGAAAUAUAAAGAGUUGGAUUUCUGGUUGCCGAGGAUUGGGUUCACUAGGAACCUUGAGAAGAGAAAUGAAAGUGAUCAUUUUGUUGGCAAUAACUCAAUAGAUUUAAUUGGAAGAGUCACUUGGCCUGCAGAGCUGGAGCGAGUACCAAAAGGAUGGGCAAUGCCAACUAAUGCAAAGCCAAUUAAAAUAGGAGUUCCGGGUAGAACCCAAUUUCAGAAGUUUGUAAAGGUUGAGUUUGGGGAGAAUCCGAGUAAGAACAAAUAUGGUGGUUUCUGCAUCGAACUUUUCCACGAGGUGCUGCAUCAUUUGGACUAUGAACUACCUUAUGAAUUUCAUCCCUUCAAUGGCAGCUAUCCCGAACUGGUUGAUAGAGUAUACAACAAGACGUAUGAUGCUGUUGUUGGAGAUAUAACAAUCCUGGAAGAGAGAGCAAAGAAGGUGGAAUUUACACAACCAUACGCAGGGUCAGGGUUGUCCAUGAUUGUUCCAGUGAAGUCUGAGGAGUCAGCAUGGAUUUUCCUGAAGCCUUUCCCCCUAGAAAUGUGGCUGGUGACAGGUGCCAUCUUGAUCUACACAAUGUCCAUAGUUUGGUUUCUGGAACGUCAAUCAAAUCCUGAAUUUGAAGGACCAUGGAAAACACAGAUAGGAACAGCACUUUGACUGCUUCAUUCUUGCUGUGGAAUCAUGGACAAGAAGUCAGAUCCCACAUUGUCAGAUUUGCAAUAAUCAUCCUCUGUAUGCAAUGCAAACUGCGGCUUCUACAUUAGAUUGCAAGGAAUGAAAACUUUACCAAACUGACUUGUCAAAGUCCAAGGGGUACAGAGUAUAUAGGCUUUUGUCCACAACGAAUUUUAGAGAGUCAUUGGUAAUUGGUAUUGUCUAUCCAAAAAAACUUAUCCGAGUAUAAAUUACUCAAGUUUUA